UUACGAUUGUAUAACGAGGUCUAUUUGUCGGAGGAGGCCGAGCUAUUACGAUUGUAUUGAGUUGUUCCCCUUCGCAUAAUUGUUGUCUGUGUCAGUCAACUUUCGUUUUAUUGGAAAGAAAAUGGGAAAUGAAAAAAAAGAACAGCCCCAACCAGAGCCACCUGUAGGGAGCUGCCAUUUCUUUGUGAAGCGUAAACGCAGAUACUGCAGGUUCACGCGAGCCAAGGACUCAAACUAUUGUGCUGAACAUGCAACAAUCUUUGAUGCUGAUGUAGGGAAAAAGAGGGUUCUCUGUCCAUAUGAUGGAAAGCACACCUGCUAUGAAGCCAAGCUUAAUCACCAUAUGAAAAAAUGUCCAAGUCGACCCAAGGAUAUGCCAGCAUACUACAGUGCUGGCAUCAACAGUGGAGAUGAUGCAGGGGAGACUGUACCAGACCCAAAGGCGACAGUUUUGACAGUUCCCCAAGCAGAGCUAGAAGACCUUAUAGAUAAAGUCAAUCAGCUAUAUAAAGAGCACAUCGUGAACCUGGAGGAGGAGGUUCUUACUCACAGUUGCAUGCAGGAAGAGAUUGAGAGACCUGGUUAUGGUACGGCAGCCAUAAGACACAGAAAACAACAGGCAUCACUGAUUGGUCAUAUGGAGAGUCUUGGUUUGCUUGUGGACAACAGGUGCUUUCUGGAAAUGGGUGCUGGAAAAGGCCAGCUAUCCCACUGGCUUCAUGGAGCGGUCAAGGAAAGGAACAACAUUGGCUUUCUCCUAAUUGACCGCAGCCAUGUCCGAAAUAAGAUGGACAACCUGCACAAAGAGGAGGGGGUCAUGGAGAGGAUCCGGAUAGACAUCGAGCAUCUCCGUCUUGACAAGGUUACAUGCCUGUGUGAGUCUGAUCGGUCUGUGGUGGCAUUUGGGAAACAUCUGUGUGGGCCGGCCACAGACUUGGCCCUGCGAUGUGUGACAGAGACACUGGCACAGGAAACACAGCAUGGGGAGGGAGCACCCAGAAAGAGGCUCAAGUCAGAAUCUAGGCAGCUGGCUGGAGCUGUGAUAGCCUUAUGUUGCCACCACAGGUGUGCCUGGAGGCCGUACGUGGGUAAAGGCUUCUUCCAGGAGUGUGGGCUUACGGCCCGGGACUUCCAGGUGAUAGCCAGUAUGAGCAGCUGGGCCACAUGUGCCUGGAAGGGCUGGAGUUCCCAGAGGAAGGCUGCAACCGAGAAGGGAAUAGGGGCUAGGGAUGGAGGCAUUGAGGGCAAUGGUGAGGUGAGGUUAAGUAAAGAAGACAAGUUUAACCUAGGUGUUGACAGUGGGGAUAAUGUUGGGAAUGUAGCUCAUGUGGACAAACAAAAAGAUGCUGUUGUGGAACAACAAAAGAAGAAAAUAUCUGGGACAGAAAUGGAUAAUAAGAAUAAUGUUCAAAACAACAAAAUAGCAACUUUUCCUACUUCGCUGAAAGCUGUCUGUGGCAGAGUUAGUGAGGCAAGCAGUACAGAAAAGGGAAGAGCCAGUGGCCAAACUGAGACAUCAGAUGAGACAGAGGAGGUGGAAGAGGAACACCAGAAUGUGGAAACAAUGGAUGGCUGCAGCAUAAACAGUAAGCUGACACAAUCUGAGCGAGAGCAGAUAGGAAGGAAAUGCAAGCGUCUGAUCGACCACGGACGGAUCUGUUACCUCCAGGAGCAUGGUCUGAGGAGUACCAUGAAAAUCUACAUUGAAGAGUUCUUUACACCAGAAAAUGUUGUCCUGCUCGCUUCCUAACUAAAAACAAAAACAAAAAAGUGCUUGAAAUUCUAGGUUUUAACCAUUUGUUUUAAAAAAGAACUGCAUCAAUUAUUCUCCACCACUCAAAAAUAAAGUUGAUAAUAUGUAAACCAUUUAUUGUGAUAAUUAAAAUGACUUGGAAAAGUUUAUAUCAAACAGUUAUGCACUUACUGGGGACAUGGGGUUUUAACAUUAUAAAUAUUUAUACAUCUGUACCGUGUUGACAUGUCGCUUUUAAUUUUAAUUAAAUAGUUCAAUUAUAAACAAAACAUUUUGAUUGGAAG